AUGAUGAUGACAGGUGUCAAUGAUGCAAUCAUGUGUCGCGGUUUCUGCACAACUCUAGACGGUCAAGCCCAAGACUGGUUCGGGUCCUUUCCGGCGGAGUCCAUGCCCACUUUUGCCGCCCUAGCCAAGAAUUUUAUGUCACACUUCGCGGCCAGCAUACACCGAAGGAAACAGUUCACUGAUCUGUGCUACAUGAAGCAACACAGGUCGGAGACCUUGGCGGAAUACCUGAGCAAAUGGAAGAAGGGGGCCAUGGGGGUGACCAAUUUCGACGAAAAGUCCGCCAUUCCAUUUUUCACCAACAACCUCAGAUCUGGUCUUUUCCACAGCGACCUCGUCUGGAACGAGCCAAAGACGUACACGGAGUUGAUGGACCACGCCACACGGUAUGCCAAUGCCGAGGCGGCAGAAAAGAGGAAGAAGGAGGAGGAAGGCCGGGUCGGAACGACAAGGCAUCUUAACCUCAAGAGGACCGCCACUCAUCGUGAUCACGUCGUGAUCGGGGUUCCCGUCUAG